AUGUCUCGAUCGAGAUGGCAGAUACUGCUGGGCAUCGCAACCCUUGGCUCCAUCGUGCUGUACUUCCUAGUACUAUCGGACUAUGCACCAGUUCGGCUGUCACACAGAAUCGGGGAAGGAACAUCACUGGAAACAGGUGGCAACAUUCCAGAGAACACCGAAUUCUUCAACUGGACCACCACGACCGCGUUCGGGCCGGUUACUGAAGAGCAUGCCGUCCAUGCGACCAUCAAAGAGUUAUGCGAGUCAUUUCCUCAAAGCAAGUUACUUCACGUUCAACCCGUGCUGAAAAGUGGCCACGGCGCCAUGAAUCGUGUGCGCUCGCAGUUGAAUAGUUCAGCAGCAUGCCUCACCAACUUACUCAUCUUCUCCGAUCUGGAUGAGGAGAUUGAGGGCCACACUGUUGUCGACACUAUCAAAGACAUUCCACAAGAACUGAUCGAAAGCGAUGAUCAAACACUUCCAUAUCGCCAUCUGAAGGCCUUCCAAGCAAAUGGCACCCUCGAACAAUCCAACGAGACAGCGUCACAAUUACCAGGCUGGGAAACCGACAAGUUCAAAUUUCUACCCGAUGUCAGUCGCGCUUGGCAGAUGAGUCCCGAGAAGCAGUGGUAUGUUUUCUUUGAGGGAGAUACCUACAUUGUUUGGGACAAUGUCUUUCGUCUACUGGAAAACUUCGAUGCCGAUCAACCACACUACUUUGGCUCACCAUCACCUGGAAGGGAUGGAAUAUGGUUUGCGAACGGAGGCCCUGGCUUCAUCCUUUCCCGCGCUGCGGUCAGGAAACUGGUUAGGGAUGACUACACCAAGGAUGGAUCAUACCUUGGAUCUCGCGUGUCGGUGAAGCAGUGGAACGAGACCUUGGUGAACUGCUGCGGAGACAGUAUUCUGGGUUGGGCACUUUGGGAAGAAAGUCUGAAGCUGGAUGGGUUAUGGCCCAUGUUCAAUCCACAUCCGCCACAUGGUGUUCCGUUCUCGGACUUGUACUGGUGUCAGCCGGUGUUGACCAUGCACAAACCACACGAAGAAGACAUGCAAGAUCUGUGGCGGUGGGAGUGGCAGCACAGAAACGCAACUCGACCUGUACUUUACCGAGACUUGGCCAUCUCAUAUUACAACAGCUUUUUCGAGACCCCCAUUCGCCUUAAUUGGGACAAUGCCGAAUGGGAUUCCUUUGACCCACCCGAGUCGAGAGCACACACUUCACCAGUGACUUGCCAGGACGCGUGUGCGGCACAUCAGGGCUGCUUUCAGUGGACACAUUACCUCGGACGCUGUCAUUUCGUGCGUUCUUUCCGAUUUGGACGAGCGCGGGACCCGCCGCCGUUGUUGGAGGAGGGACAACAACACGAUGAGCCAUGGUCGCCGGAUGAUCGGCGCUUCGUGUCGGGUUGGAUCUCUUCUCGGAUUCAGAAGUGGAUGGAUGAGAGGCCUUGCGAUCAGGUCCAGUGGGUCAAGCCCAGCACAACGCGCAUCUUCUGA